UGGAAACGAACCUGAAAUAGCGUGAGAGAGAGGUCAGUAAUAGAUUCAGUGCGUCAGUCACGGUCUACAAAGAUUUACCAGCGGAGCUCUCAGUUUCUGAAGCUCUCAAAAAUAAAGAAUGGCGGUUCAUCAUCAUUUAAUUCAAUUUCCAAUCCUAUUUCUAAUUCCCGCCUCAUUAUUACUCUUCCCUUCUUUCUUCGCUCUCUCAGUUUCAGAAACCACAUGUUUGCCUUCACACAACGACGACAACCACAUAGCGUGCGAAUUGCACCAAAUCAAGCUCAAGAUCUCUCAAUUAGAAUCAAUUCUUGAAGAAAGCAUGCACAAUCUAAAUCAGAAAAGCCUUUACAUCAAAGAGCGUGAGGAGAUAAUUGAGGCCAUGUCACGUAAGAUCCAAUCUCUGCAGUCUACUCUAGAUGCUAUAAAGAAUGAAUCGACACGGGCUGAUGAAAGGCUCGGUGCUUUAGAAGAAGAGGUACGAAGUCUUUGGGCUGCAUCAAGAAAGAUCAACUUUGAUAUUUAUAAUUUAGAAUCUAAAGCACAAGAUGCUGAGAACAGAUUGGAAAAGGUUACUUCACAAGUUGAAAAGAUGUCUGACAUUGUUACAGAGCAAUGGAUUCAAAUUCAGCAGCUUGAGCAGGCACUUCAAAUUGCUGAAAUGAGGGCAUUGAGGGCUCGAAGGCAAGUAGGCUUUACAAGAUGUACAUUCUUGAAGUUCAUCAACAACCGUUUUGGAAAUCAUCCUCAAAAUUUGUUUAGCAUGCUGGAUCCUUAUGUAUUUGGCAAAGGGUCUUCCUUGAAUUCCUACAUCUCUCAAGCUCUGCAUCAGUUGAAAAGAGGAUUCAUUGUAGCUAAAAAGUAUCACCAUCAGUUGCAAGGUUUCAUCAAACAAGAAAUGAAAAGAAAUGAAUUUACUGCAGCUUAUGCCAACAGUGAAUUGGUUUUCUUUUUGGCUUCUGCUCUAAUUACUUUCCCAAUAAUGGGUGCUUGGGUGUUCCUUUUAUCACAAUUCAGCUAGUUGGACAAUGCUUUUUUUUUGAAGAGGAGAUUGUGGUUAGUUCCUGUUUUACUAUUCUUCUUUUGUAAUUGUCAAUGCUCCCAUAGCCAGUGACAUAUUUUGAUUCAGACAUUUGUCCAUAUAAUCUCUCUAAAGUGGAUCCAUUUUCAUUGUCACUAUACCUACAGUUAAAAUUAGGUCUGCCUGUCUAGGACAUGAUCUUGGAGAAUGUGAUUUCUGUUUCAACGAUUGUUGCAGAAGCAAAUCUGAUAGCUACAGUGAUUAGGAUCAAUGCUGUACAUGUCUUGUUCUGGAUUAUGGCAGUAGAUUAAUGGUCGCAGAAUAUAAAUAGCAGCUUUAAAAUUUGAGGCCAUUGCCAAUAUGCUGUGGCUUAAAUGGCAUUCCACCUUGAUUGUGGUGAGAGGUCAUGGGUUCAAUCCCACUUAUAUGCAUGAGUUACUUUCACAACAUUUAGGAUGGGUUAUACACAUAGACUGCACUUUGUAGAUUGGUUAUAAUCUUGCUAUAUUGCAACUGCCUGCUUGCUUUGGUGUUUC